UCCUACUUUUUUGGUGUAAAGGAAUGACUCCUACUUUAAAUAUGUGAAACAAACCCAUUCCUGGGCAUGAGAUUGUUUUAAUUAUUUUGCAAUUCCCCUUUCUUUAACAAACUCUCCCACCAACGACACUAUAAGCUGUUCGCAAAACCUAAUAAUUCUCUGUUGCUUUGUCUCUCUCGCAUGCAACCCAAAUUCAUAGUUUUAGUUUGGGUCACUGCGAGGAAAAGCUUUUGGAGCAGUGGUCUUGGCAACGGGAACUUCUCCGGCUUAGUGUCUCCACAUUUCUGGACAAAAUUGAAGUGAUAUGGAGCAAUUGUCCUGUUGGAAAGUGGAGAUGGAGUUGGACAGAAUCAGCAACUUACCAAGUGAUGUUAUAGUUAAAAUUCUGUCAUGUUUGACUCUUAAGGAGGCAGUGAGGACAAGUGUUCUUUCAAGCAGGUGGAGGAACAGAUGGGCUAUGCUUUCAGGACUUAUAUUUGAUGAGAAGUGUUUCUCGACUGAAAACUGUGCAACCUUCGUGAACAUUGUUUAUCAUGUACUCUUAAGUCACAUUGUCCCCAUAGAGAAGUUUGUGCUUUCUCACCCACAUGUUAUACCUACAAUAGAUAUUGAUCGAUGGGUUCUUCAUCUAUCAAGAAACUCUAUUAAAUUUUUCGAACUUCGUAUUCCUGAUGGGCCUCAAUACAAGAUGCCAUUAUGUUUUUUUUCUUAUCAAGAUAUGAUUGAGCUGAAGUUAUCUCAGUGCUUGCUGAAACCUCCAGCCACAAUUAAAGGCUUCAGAACUUUGAAGAGGGUUAGAUUUCAGCGUGUUGCCUUGGCCCAAGAUGUGUUGGAAAAUCUGAUUCUUUGCUGUCCUCUGCUGGAGAGUUUGGAAGUGAUAGACUGUGAUGGCUUUACCCAUCUCAAGAUUGAUGCACCAAAUCUUCGAUUCCUUUCUUUCUCUGGUCGCUUGGAAGAAGUUAGUCUUCAGAAUACCUUAAAUCUUGCUGUUGUUCACUUUAAUUUGUGGGGCAUUUAUCACAGACAAGAUCAUGUCAGUUCUUCCAAUUUGGCAAAAUUUUUCGUUGACCUGCCUUAUAUUCAGAGGCUUACAAUUGAUGGUUUUGCUGUACAGUAUUUAUCUGUUGGUGACUUGCCUGGAAGGCUCCCCAAACCAUGUCUACAUCUAAAUUUUCUUUCUCUCCUCCUAAGCUUUAAUGUUCUUGCGGACAUUUUAACUACUAUAUAUCUUCUGAGAAGCUCCCCUGCUCUGAAAGCAGGGGCGGAUCUACACUAUAAGUGGGGCGGGCUCAAGCCCGUCCGAGAAUUUUGAGCCCAAAAAAAAAAUUAGAUGUAUACAUCUUUUUUUAGUUAGGUAUUGUCCAGCACUCCAGCCCAAGCCCGUCCAGUUCACUCGACUAGUCGACUUCGAGUCUUCGACUACGCUCCAGCCUCCAGUUCGUCUAAGUGAGAUCUCUCCUCGGCUCCUCGCCUCCUCCUGUCCUCCAGUCCUCCUCCUCCUCCAGCUCUGGGCUCUGGCUUUCUCGGCUAGUCGGCUUCUCCAGUCCAGCCUCCAGUUCGUCACUUCGUCUAAUCGUCUCUCAGACUCUCACUUUCUCCUAGUCCUCGGCUGAGUCGGCUCCUCCUGUGCUCCAGUCCUCCUCCUCCUCUAAACUUCUACAGCUCUGGGCUCUGGCAUCAAGUCCAUCAACAUCAAUUUGGGGCAAUGAUUCAAUGUUGUAUUGGAUUGAAGAUUUCGUGGAUUGAAGAAUGAAGAAUGAAGGUUGCGGACUUGCGGUCAAAUUCUCUUGGUUUGGAAAUCUGGUUAACAUUGACAAAGUCUUGCAGCUCUGUCUCUGGAAGAUUUGGUGCAGGAGAAUAUCAUGAAGGAAUUUAGCAACUGGAUCAUAGGUUUUAAGUGAAUGGCAAAAUCUUGAGUCUACUGCAAUACUGAGGUGUUUUUUUCUAUAAUAUAUAUAUAUAUAUAUAAUUUUUUUUUUUGUUUAAGAAAUCGAAGCCCGUCCAAGGUUUCAAUCCUGGAUCCGCCCCUGUCUGAAAGUACUACAUGUUACGGUCCUCCUCCUCCGCUUUCGUCCGGUCGGCCUCAACCGUCUUCAUUCUGUUGAUGAAGAAGCAGAGUCUUGGUGGGAUAACCUAGAUGACGACAUAAAUUGCUCAUUCCCCAAACUGCAAUUUGUUCAAAUAACCAAAUUUUCUGGUUGCAAAGUUGAACUAGAUUUCAUCAAAUUUUUGCUUGUAAAUUCACCCGUGCUUGAGACAAUGACUAUUAGGGCUUUAUCCGCCAAUGGUUCUUCAGAAGUUUUAAAGAAGUUGCUCCAGUUAAGGCGGACCUCAAGUGCAGAGAUUAUAUACUUGGAUCCCUGAUUCAUCAAUGAGUCUCGACAGCAACCACUAACAAGACUUGGUUGAAGAUAAUGUGUUUGUGUGCAGUCUUUAAUCUCUGUUUGUCUGAAGUCUGAACAAUGUAGCAUAUGGGUAGAAUGUUAUUCCAACUUUCCUACUCUCUGAACAAAAUGGCUCCAGUCCAGCAUCGGAGGUAGUCUGGCUUGACCUGAAAAUGGGUCCACAAAUGAAUCUCACGGUUUUGGUUUGUUGUCGGAGUUUUUUCUCUUUUACUGGCACAAUUGAGAUUGGACUUUGCCGUUUGGUAUGUAUUAAACCUUGAUGUGAACCGAAGUACUAUCAGUACUUCUUUUAUCUAUUUUAUGACGGUUCAUGGUUGCAGAAUUAAACCAAAUUAAUGCACG